UUCCGCGGCUCUCCGUCCCCCUCCGGCGAGAUGUUAUGGCCGAGCCGGCGCAGACGGGCGGCGUAGGGCAGGGCGGGCAGCGGGAAGAUGAGGCGGCGGUGGCGGUGGCGGCGCCGGCGGCGGCCGCCGCCCCCAGCUCGGAGGACUACGAGUGCAAGAUCUGCUACAACUACUUCGACCUGGAGCGGCGGGCGCCCAAGCUGCUGGAGUGCUUGCACACCUUCUGCCAGGAGUGCCUGAGCCAGCUGCACCUGCGCGCCGCGCAGCAUCCCCCCGCCGCGGGCGCGGAGCCGGGCCCGGGGCGCUCGCCCGGCGGCUCGCUGGCCUGCCCGCUCUGCCGCCACCGCACGGCGCUGCCCGACCACCGCGUCCACGGCCUGCCGGUCAACACCAAGCUGGCCGCCGCCUGCCCGCCGCAGCUGCGGGCCCGCGACCCGGUGCCGCAGGACCGCCUGCCGCCGCUGCCGCCCCGCCGCCCGCCCCGCGCCCGGGAGGCGGCGGCCGCGCUCGCCCCGCCGCCCUCCGCCCCCGCCGGGCCGCGCUCCUCGGGCGGCGGCUACGAGAGCUGCCAGAGCUGCAAGCGGGCGGCGCUGAGCGCCGGCUGCGUGUGCGUCGUCGUCUCCUUCCUCUCCAUGGUGGUGCUGCUCUUCACCGGCCUCAUCUUCGUCAACCAGUACGGCGGGGACGCCGCGCCCGGCGCCGCGGCAUCGCCCUCGCCGGUGGGGCCCAUCUGCCUGUCGGUCGCCAGCAUCCUCGCCCUCUUCUCCGUCGUCGUCACAUGGCUCAUCUGCUGGCUCAAGUACCGGCCCGAGGCGGCCACCGGCGGGGCCACGGCCAACGGCUCGGCGCGGGGCCGGGCCGCCCGCAGGAGCGACACGUAACCCCGGCCGAGCGGCGCUGGGCACGGCGCUGCGGGGACAGCGCUGCGGAGCCCCGGGCUGGGCUGUGCGGGGACAGCGCUGCGGAGCCCCGGGCUGGGCUGUGCGGGGACAGCGCUGCCGAGCCCCGGGCGGUGCGGGGACAGCGCUGCGGAGCCCCGGGC